UCUGCUGAAGUCGCAGAAAGAGCAAACAGAAAAAGUUGAUUGCAAUAAAUGAACUAAUUAAAAAUUGCUUACACAAACAAUAAUAAAAUUUAGUUCAAUUAAUAAACAAAAAUGGCUCUAAAGCAAAUUGCACAUUCAAGUGCCCCAAUAGUUAAAUGGAUUGGAGCACACGAUCCGCAAGUAAACGUUGCGCAUUUACAACAUAAGAACGUAUUUUUCUAUACCAAGUGCAUUAUCGGUCCUCUGACGUUGAGCGUUGGCGAUUUUGUUUUGGUUUCGAAUGCGGAUGCAUCGGAUCCCGAUUCUGUGGAGGGGUGUGAUAUUGCAAAGAUUUUGCAUUUGUAUGAAUUGAGAGAAAUGUCAAAUCGUGAUCCUUGUCGCGCUUUAGUUCAAUGGUAUUCUCGUCCCGAGUGCGUUCCCCACAAACACUUUGACAACGACAAUAUUUGUGUGGAUUUUAGCUUAGAGUUGAUUGAGGAGCAUCGUCCAUACGAUUCAGACAUAUCGUUGGAGACAGUUUUUCGUAAGUGCAGUGUUAUAUGUGGCCCUUCCGAAACAUCUGCUGCAGGUUUGUUAGAAAACGUAUUGGAAAAUAGUAAAGGCUGUCCAAUGUUUGUGUGUCGUUAUAAAUUUAUAAAAGUAAAGAAUUCGUAUCGAUUGGUGCCCUUGGAAUUUGCCAAUGAAGAAAUUGCAUCCGUACGUGCUAGAAGAAAAUCCACAGCAGAAAAAAUCUCUUUGGAAUCAAAAUCUACCUCUACGAAAAAAUCCAGACGAUCAUCAGUAGUGGCAAGUGCAGACUCGUCAACACACAAGCAAAAAAUAUGCGCGGAAAAUGCAGUAGAAUUUAUUGACCUAAAUUAUUUUAAUGCCGAAAAUAAAGUAUCGCCUAUAAAAAUCAUAGGAGGUCGCAGUGUUGUACGCUUAUCGGAAAAAAAGAAAUCAACGUCUAGUGGAAAAUGCUCAGAGGAAGAUGAUUUUAAUGCAAAUUAUUUAACCGCCUCGCCAUUGGCGGAACAGAACGUUAAAGUAACACCUAGAUCAAGAGCGGCAGCUGCUAAAAGAAAUCUUAAUAUGAGUUUGGAAACUGGUGUGGCUGAUACUACUGCAGAUUCUGAUUGUCUCAAUUAUUCAAUUGUUAAAGGUACUCCGGAUCCGCAACAGCCACCAAAUGACAUGAAAAUCAAAUUGAGGUUGUCUGAAAGACGUCGCUCUUCUCGACUAGCUUCUUUGGAUGAAGAUCCUCUGGCUAUACAACAACAACAACAUUCCCCAAAGAGUUCGAUACACAACCCUGCAGAUAUUUAUAACACUCCAACAAAAAAAAUGAAAGAAACAUCCGUAGGUACGCCGUCGAAUCGCAGGAAAAGUAUAUUAAAAUCAACAGCUACAAAAAUGGCUGAAGGUACUCCAAAAAGAAGCAUUCAGUUAUCAAGUAUUGUGGAGAAACGCAUAUUUAAUGACGAUGAAGUCAUAAGCACUCCCAAACGUAAUAAAGCCAGGAAAUCUUUAAUAGCUGCCGUUGAUGUAGAGGCUGAUAAAGGCAUAGGAACGUUGGUCGAACAGUCGACACCAACAAAAAGUACUCAAAAAACUCCUACCAAGGGUAGAAGAAGUACUACGAAGUCGGCAAACACUGAAACUCCGGGCACUCCUCGAACACCUUCACAAAAACUAAAAAUGAUACGUUCCGGUGAAAUUAAACCGACACUGAAAAAACGCAAUUCUUUAACUGGAGAGGAAAAGGGUAAAACGGAGUUACAAGUCGCUCGCGAGCGUUUACAUGUUUCAGUUGUGCCAAAAUCUUUGCCCUGUCGUGAAAAGGAGUUUGAAAAUAUUUAUACAUUCUUAGAGGGUAAAAUUCAGGAUCAAUGCGGUGGUUGUAUGUACGUCUCAGGUGUUCCAGGAACGGGUAAAACUGCUACUGUCACAGGCGUUAUAAGAAGCUUGCAGAAAAAAGUGUCUGAAGAUGAAAUGCCACCUUUUGAUUUUUUGGAAAUCAACGGCAUGCGUUUAACCGAACCACGCCAGGCUUAUGUUCAUAUAUAUAGACAACUAACUGGCAAAACGUUGUCUUGGGAGCAUGCUCAUACAUUGUUGGAAAAGCGUUUUACUACGCCCGCGCCUAGGAGAGUAACCACCGUUUUGUUGGUAGAUGAACUAGAUAUUUUGUGUAACAGAAGACAAGAUGUCGUUUACAAUUUACUAGAUUGGCCCACAAAAUCUGCAGCACGUUUGGUGGUGGUAACAAUUGCUAAUACCAUGGAUUUGCCAGAACGUUUGCUGAUGGGUAAAGUCACAUCUCGCCUGGGUUUAACUCGUUUAACCUUUCAGCCUUAUACGCACAAACAGUUGCAAGAAAUUGUGACUGGACGUUUAAGUGGCUCAGAGGCAUUUAAAGGUGACGCAGUGCAGUUGGUAGCAAGAAAAGUUGCUGCCGUGUCGGGUGAUGCUCGUCGUGCUUUGGACAUUUGUCGGCGCGCCACUGAAAUUGCCGAUGCUGCUGCUACGAAAGCGGGACCAAGUGGCGUACAAUGCGUCAAUAUGUUGCACGUUCAGCAAGCUUUAGCUGAGAUGAUAGCCAGUGCAAAGGUGCAGGCUAUAAAGAAUUGCUCUCGGUUAGAACAGAUUUUUUUGCAGGCUGUUGUUUCCGAAGUAAAUCGUACCGGAGUAGAAGAAACUUCCUUUAUGGGCGUUUAUUCGCAAAUUGAAUCUAUAGCUGCAUUUAUGGGAGCCUUAAUCCCAACACCAGGUCGUGCUUUGAGAAUUUGCUCAAAGUUGGGUGCAGAACGCCUUCUAAUAUGUGAACAUUCACGCAACGAUAUAUUCCAAAAGAUUUUACUUAAUGUUAGCAUGGAUGAUAUACACUACGCUUUAAAAGUGAAUAAUUGAAUGCAACAGCAGAGACUAGUUCAUAUAUUGAAAUUACUACUUGUUAAUUAUUUAUUUGCGAUUUUUCAUUAAAUAGUUUUAUACAGAUAUUAUUUCAUUUUAUCUCAUUGUCAUUAUCACAUUUUUAAACAAACACAUUACAUUUUUAAACAAUUAUUUAUUUUAAUAAAAGCCUAAAGUACAAAUUUGUUACAAUAAAAUUAAUAAAAAUACUAAGUGGUGAAAACAUUCACAAAA